GUUGGGUGUCUCCAGCUAGAAGCAUUGUUGAGCUUUCAAUACAAAAAAGUUAGACCACGCAACAAAAUUAGGACACCUUUGCAUUCAUAAUUUUACAUAUGAACUCAUAAUCUAUGCCUUCACACCAUAUUCCUGAGUCACCAUGAUGGAAUCCCACAUGAUAGAGUCAAGUAGGAAUAGCAUCAAUAGCUGUGUACUACUACACCUCUUUUUGUUGGUAACAUUCAUCCAUUUAAUCUCUUGUUAUCCAAUUAAUGUCCCUGAUAAAAUCCUCCUAAACUGUGGUACUUCUGAAGCAUCAUCAUUCAAUGGAAAUAUUUGGGUAGGAGAUGGUGUAUCUAGUUUCUUGCCUCCACAGUAUGGCAACAGCUCUUCCACACUCUUGCUCUCAAACAUGAAAGACUCUCUAGUACCAAAAGUUCCAUACUCAACAGCAAGAAUAACUCAUUCUCCAUUGACCUACUCCUUUCCUUCCUCCCCUGGCCUUAAAUUCAUUCGUCUUUACUUUCUCUCAUCUUUAUAUCUGAUGAUGAUCCCCUCCGACAAGGCUUAUUUCUCUGUAAAAACUGGGCCUUACACUCUUGUAAGUGAUUUCAAUCCAUCAGAUUUUGCAGAAGAGCUAAACUCGAAGUUUUUCACCAAGGAUUUCUUACUAAAUGUUAGGGAAGACAAACUGACCAUUACACUUACUCCAUCUCCUUUAAUUUCCAAAGCAUUUGCUUUUGUAAAUGGCAUUGAGAUAUUCCCGGUGCCCAAAAGUAUAUACUUUCCGUUUUCCAAGGUUCCUGUUCCUUACCUUGGGCACCAGAAAAUUUUGUUGACUAAUGAUGAAUAUGCUCUAGAGACGCUUUACAGAGUUGGCAUUUGUGGUGGAGAAAAUGCUUUUGGAAUGUGGUCAGAUGAUUCUAGAUACAUAUCUCGUUCACACAUUGGAGGUGUCCUCAAUAUAAAGUCUGUUACUGUUAGCUUGAAUUACACCACUUUAUCUUCAAAGGAUUACAAUUAUUCAGCACCGGAGGAGAUAUAUUGGACUGCCAGGACAAUGGGUAGUGAUGGAGAUGCUAACAUGAAGUACAAUUUAACAUGGUCUUUCCCUGUUGAUUCUGGAUUCAAGUACCACGUUAGGCUUCAUUUCUGUGAGAUAUCUAUUGGGGUAACGAAGCCCAAUCAAAGGGUGUUCAAAGUGUACAUAAACAACCAAACAGCAGAGGAGAGGAUGGACGUAGUUGCUUCUGCCGGAGCACCAUUUACUCCUUUGCACAAGGACUAUGUUGUUAUGGUUCCUACGGAAACUGGGAGGAGGAAAGAUUUGUGGAUCUCGCUUCAACCAAACUUGGAGUCAAAACCAAAAUAUGCCGAUGCCAUACUGAAUGGAAUUGAGAUCAUGAAGAUAAGUGAUAGUAAUCAUAGUCUUGCAGCAAUGUUCCAGUUGAGAAGCGAACAAAGAAAGAAGAAAGGUCAACAUGUCAUCAUUGUGGUUGCUGCUACUUUAGGUACUAUCUUCGGACUGCUCUUCACACUUUUCAUUAAUAUCCACAGAGCAGGGAAAAAAUUGAAGUGGAGAACUUCUAAUAUACUUCCAUCAAAUUCUAGUAGAAGUCACAAAAACAUUCAACCCACAGUAACCUCAGGUCUUUGCCAUCAAUUCACACUUGAAGAAAUCAGCAUAGCUACAAGCAACUUCAGUGAAGAUCUAGUCAUCGGGGAGGGAGGCUUCGGAAAGGUGUACAAAGGCAUCAUGCAUCAUGAUGGAGUUACUGCUGUUGCAGUAAAGCGCUCUAAUCGUAGAUCUGGUCAAGGAUAUAAAGAGUUUCAAACUGAGAUCAAUUUUUUCUCAUUCUGUCACAUGAAUCUAGUGUCACUACUGGGAUACUGCCAAGAGGGAAAUGAACUGAUACUUGUGUAUGAAUACAUGGCUGAGGGUCCUCUGUCUGACCACUUAUACAAGAAAAGAAAACAGCCACUGUCUUGGAUUCAAAGAAUAAAGAUCUGUAUUGGUGCAGCUCGAGGACUACAUUACCUCCACACUAGCACAAGGCACCCAGUGAUUCACCGUGAUGUGAAGUCAGCCAACAUAUUAUUGGAUGAGAAUUGGGUAGCCAAGAUUGCAGAUUUUGGGUUGUGUAGAACAGUUCCCUCACUUUACCACUCACAUGUAAGCACGGAGGUUAAAGGUACUUUAGGAUAUUUAGACCCUGAGUACUAUAAGAGAAGAAAACUGACUCAAAAAUCUGAUGUGUAUUCAUUUGGAGUGGUUUUGUUUGAGGUGUUGUGUGGAAGAGCAGCUGUGAAUCCUGUGGCAGUGGAAGAGGAAAAUGAGAAAGUUGGAUUGGCUACAUGGGCCAUGCACUGUUACAAGUGUGGAAGCAUCGAUGAAUUAGUUGAUCCUCAUUUAGCAGGGAAUGUUAGGCCAGAAUGCCUGAGGGCGUUUGUGGACUUAGGCAUCCACUGCUUGGCUGAUAGAACUGCAGAUAGGCCAACUAUGGGAGAGGUCCUCAAUACUUUAGAGAGGAUCCUUUACUUGCAGGAUAGUUUAGAGGAACAAGAACCUCAUACAAUUUCUGCAAUGGCUAGUGAUUAGUGUCUAACCUAAUUCUAAAUACUUUAUUACUCAUUGUGAUUAAAUUAUAUGAUCAAUAAUUUAAAAUAUUACAUUUUCUGUUUA